AUGUUUUUAAUUUUAUUUUUUUUAAUUGCUUAAAUCAAUACAUUAAAGCCAUCAACAUAUUAAUAAGCUCUAGCAACAAUCUAAGAUGAUCCAGAUCAUCUAGCUUUAAUGAUGUUUAUUAAAAAUGAUUCAGAUGAAUCAGAUAAAGCAAUAAAAUUAUUAGAAGAACAUUCUGCUACUAUGAUGGAUAUACUUAAUGUAAUAAUGUUUAAUUUAUUAGAUUAUUAGAUAUAAAUCAUAAAUUGUGAUUAAAUAUCUAAAGAAGAAUUCCAUCAUUUACCAGCUUGUUAAUAUAAAGAAAGUUUACCUUUUGCAAUGUAUUUGAUUCCACCAAAAGAUUCUGAUCCUACAUAAGGCCCAAUUUAACCUAUUUAAAAAUUAAUUACUAAUUUCUCUCUACCUGCACUCAAGGAAGGAUUUUUAGAAAAUAGUCCAUAAUUUUGGGAAUUAAUCAAUGAUGAAAAAUAAUAUGAACAAUUUUUAAAUGAUAAAAGAUUAAAUAAAGUAUUAACUAAAAUUGCAAAUAAACCUAUUUGGUGGUAUGGUAUUACAUAAAAAUUCAGAGAUAGAAUAGAUGUAAGAAAAUUACUUUUAUUUAGUUUGCUAUUGUUAAUCCUAGAUUAUUAAGUUAAGAUCUUGUGAUACUUAAGUUAAUUAAUGGAUAAUAUAUUGAAUAGACUUACCAUGGUGCAAAAUAAUAUGAAAGUUUAAGAGCUUAUUUAUCAGUAUUAGCAAGUGUAAAAUUUAUUAGAAUAUUUUAAGUCUUAAAGAGUUUAUAAGAACUUGGAAUCAUCAAGGAAUAUUAAUUCAAAUUAAAUUACUAAUAUAACUUCAAUUUAAAAUAUAAAUUUUGAUAAUUAAUGGAUCUUACUUUCCAUCAAUAAUCAUUAAAGAUUAAAAGGUGUUAUUUCAGAUAUGAAAGGAAUAUUUAGUGCUUAUAAUUUAAUAGAUAAUUCUGGUACUUAACAAUUACUAAUUUAUCCAUUUUCCUAAAAAAAGAAUUCAAUUACUGUAAAAUCUUAAAACACUUUAGAAUUAUGUAUAGAAAUGAUUGAUUUUUUAAAAUACAAUGUAAAUACUGAUUCUCUUUAACUUUUAUCAGAAAUUAAAUAAUUAUUGACAACCAAAUAAAUUAUUAAUGUAUGGUUUUUAAAUCAAAAAAAUUAUAAUAAAUGCCAUUUAUUAUGGGCUUUAACAUUUGCAAAUAAAUAAGAAUACAAAAAGAUAUUUUCAUUUCAUAUCAUUUAUGAUCCAGAUGAUUAAAUGAAAAAAUAAUUUUAUAUUAAUAAAGUACCUUUCAUUACCAGUUUAGAAAUUAACGAUGGUUAAGUAGCUUAAUUAGAUUAUACUGAAAGUUUCAUUUAUUAAAAUAUAGAAGAAUAUAUUGAUAAAUUAUAUUAGAGAUAUUAAUUAAAGAACAAAUAAACUCAAUAGUAUCCAGAGAAUAAUAAAGAAUUUGAAUUUCUUUGUACUUAGGAAUAAGUUAAAUGCAUAAUAACAAUAAUUGAUAGAAAAAAUUAAGUUGAUGAAGACGUCUUUAUUAAAUCAAUGAAAACAAUUAAUAAUAACAAAUAAAUAUGGAUUAUUUUAUAUUAAGAUUGCCAAUCAAUAUUUAUUGAAAAGUAUAAAUUAUAAAUUCCAACUUUAAUUUUAUAUGAUGCAAACAAUUAUAAAUAUUAAAUAAUGAAAGAUUAAUUUAACUUUAUGAAUAUUGAUAAAUUUAUCAAAUAAAAAAAGAGGAAUUGGAAAGAAUUAGAUUAUCAAUUUUAAAUAGAAAAAUGUUCAAUAAAAAAAGAUGAUUUAUGA